AUAGACAGUAUACUGCCUAGUAGUACCUGCUGCUCCAUUUAUUAUACUGGCAGUGUUUCCUUGGUGAAGACCCAUUCUCAGAGGGUAGAACGUGGCCACCAAACUGAUCUGUGCUGAGGCUAUGCAGGUGCGCUGGAUGUACUGCCUCUGCCGUCUUGCUUUUGAGACCUUCUGCCCGUGAGCACUCUGCAGGCUGUUUUAUAGCAAUGGACUUGGACCCAUAUGCAAGCAUGCAGGUUGGGAUGCGGGUGGUCCGUGGAGUGGACUGGAAAUGGGGAAAUCAGGACAACGGCGAAGGAAAUGUUGGGACUGUGGUUGAGAUUGGUCAGCAAGGCAGUCCAACAACACCAGAUAAGACGGUGGUGGUCCAGUGGGAUCAUGGGACCAGAACCAACUAUCGGACUGGAUUCCAAGGAGCUUAUGACCUUCUUCUGUACGACAAUGCACAAAUAGGUGUGCGCCAUCCCAACAUCAUCUGCGACUGCUGCAAGAAGCAUGGGAUCAGGGGAAUGCGGUGGAAAUGCAAGGCGUGUUUUGACUACGACCUGUGCACGCAGUGCUACAUGAACAACAAGCACGACCUCUCACAUGCUUUCGAGCGCUACGAGACCGCACACUCACGACCGGUCCUAGUGAAUCCACGACAGAACCUGACUCGUAUGCAGUUAAAGGGCACCUUCCAGGGGGCUAAGGUAGUCCGUGGCCCAGACUGGGAAUGGGGCAAUCAGGAUGGUGGUGAAGGCAAAACUGGGAGAGUGAUGGACAUUCGUGGCUGGGAUGUGGAGACUAGCCGAAGUGUGGCCAGUGUCACGUGGACUGAUAGCACCACAAAUGUUUACCGCGUUGGACACAAGGGCAAGGUGGACCUCAAGUGCAUUGUGGACGCAUUGGGUGGCUUUUACUACAAAGAGCAUCUCCCAAAAUUAGGAAAGCCAGCUGAACUGCAGAAGAAAGAGAGCACGGCUCGGCACCCUUUCCAGCACGGUGACAAAGUGAAGUGCUUGCUGGACGUCGAUAUCUUGCGAGAGAUGCAAGAGGGACAUGGGGGUUGGAACCCUAAAAUGGCUGAGUUCAUUGGCCAGACAGGCACUGUGCACAGGAUCACAGACCGAGGGGAUGUGAGGGUCCAGUUCAACAGCGAGACCCGAUGGACUUUCCACCCAGGAGCCCUGACCAAACUCAACACCUUUUGGGUGGAUGAUGUUGUCCGAGUGAUAGAUGAUAUGGAAACAGUGAAGCGAUUGCAAGCUGGUCAUGGGGAGUGGACAGAUGAGAUGGCACCUACACUAGGGCACAUUGGCAAGGUGAUCAAGGUCUUUGGGGAUGGGAACCUGCGGGUGUCUGUCGGAGAGCAGUCCUGGACCUUCAACCCAGCUUGCCUCACAGCCUACCAACGAGAUGAGGAUGCCAACCUCAUGACAACGGAAAACGCCAAGGAGUCAAAAAGCACUCUGAUCAGCAUCCUGGAGAAGCUGCUCUCCCAGAAGGCAGAGUCAGAUCACCCAGGGCGCUUGGUCCUCGAGGCAGCACAUGGCAAUGCUGCAAAGGUCCGGGACCUGGUGCAGAAGUACCCUGACAAGGUCGACAUUAAGAACCAGGGCAGAACUGCGCUCCAGGUGGCAGCCCACCUGGGCCGGGUGGAGGCUGUGAAGGUCUUACUCCAAGCUCAUGCCAGCAUUGACCUGAGAGAUGAAGAGGGGGAUGCAGCACUGCAUUAUGCAGCUUUUGGGAACCAAGCGGAGGUUGCCCGCUUGCUCAUGAGCAAAGGAGCCAACGCUGACCUGCUGAAUAAUGCGAAGUGCACAGCGCUGUACGUUGCAGUCAACAAAGGAUUCAUGGAGGUGGUGCGGGCCCUUUGUGAGCAUGGCUGUGACGUCAACCUCCCGGACUCAUAUGGCGACACCCCCCUGCAUUAUGCUAUCACCACAGACUUCAAAGGCGUCAUUGAGAUCCUCACAGAAGUACCGAACAUUGAUUUCACCGUCCAGAAUCGCCAGGGCUUUAACCCACUGCACCACGCUGCUCUGAAAGGAAACAAGCUUGCCAUAAAGAAGAUCCUGGCAAGAGCCCGGCAGUUGGCUGAUGCUAAGAAAGAAGACGGCUUCACCGCCCUGCAUCUCGCUGCCCUCAACAACCACAAGGAAGUGGCAGAAAUCUUGAUUAAAGAGGGCCGCUGUGAUGUAAACCUCAAGAACAACCGGAACCAGACCCCACUGCACCUGGCCGUCACACAGGGGAAUGUGGAGAUGGUGCAGCUGCUGGUCAGUGAAGGCAGCGAUGUCAAUGCUGAGGAUGAGGAUGGGGACACGGCUAUGCACAUUGUCCUGGAGCGACAGCAGCUCAUGUCCAUCAUGUUGGAGGAGCAGGAAGGGGACGAGGGACAGUCACUCUUCACCAUGCUAAAGGCAUCAGGCUUCCUUGGGAACACAGAGCUGAAUGUUGGCUCUGCAAUUGCCUGUUACUUGGCACAAGAAGGAGCGGACAUUAAUUACGCCAACCACAGGGGAAAGUCUCCGUUGGACCUCAUCGCAGAUGGCCGAAUAAUCCUGAUCAUCAAGAACUUCGCCCAGAAAUUCAGGGAACAGCAAGCGUCUCUGGACAGUGCAACAGUGCCCUGCAGCCUACGCAGGGUGCACACCACCCCCAACACCAUGACCAACCUCAGCGUGUCAAACAUGGCUGCCCCCACCGAGUGCCUGGUCUGCUCGGAGCUGGCCCUGCUCAUCCACUUCUUCCCCUGUCAGCACAGCAUUGUUUGUGAAGAAUGCUCCCGGAGGAUGAAGAAGUGCAUCAAAUGUCAAGUGACAAUAACCAAAAAACUCAAACAAGACAGCACAGAGGUGGAGUGCAUCCCUAGCACUGAGUCCAUGGACCAGCAGAAGUUGAUGGAAGAGCUGCAGAGCCGCUACCGCCAGAUGGAGGAGCGCAUCACCUGCCCCAUCUGCAUUGACAACCAGAUCAAGCUGAUCUUCCAGUGUGGCCACGGCUCCUGUCCCGAGUGCAGCGCAGCCCUCAGCGUCUGCCCCAUCUGCCGGCAGCCCAUCCGGGAGCGGAUUCAGAUCUUCGUCUGAGGCCACACGUACCCGCCCCUCCGCCUGCCACCCCUUCCCUCUCCUGUGCGUGCAGCUGGGAAGCGCAGGACCCAUCCCACACUCUGAACCCAGAGCGAGUUGCUCGCACACCUGGCUCAGGAGGUGAGGUGUGGAGCUCAGUGGAGGUAGAAGGAGCCCUUCUUCCCACAGCUCUGCUCCCGUUCGGGAAGGCACAGCAAUGAUGGACAAGCAGCACGGUGCUGAGGAUGGGACGGGGCAGGAGACCAGAGAGGAGACUUAGAGGUUUCCACCAGCAGCCCUCCUAAGGACAGCCCUUCAGGGGGACGGCUUCUUGUCUGGUUCCUUGUGCUGGGGCAGGUUCACGGCCUGAUACAACUCUGGCAAGAGAAAUGGCACAGAAGCCCUCCGCACUUCACGGCAGGCUGUAGCAAAGCAAUGCUCUCGCACUUCACACUAGGAGGCCUCUGCUGGGAUUGGGGCUCACUGUGUGCUCUCCCACGGGGCGCUCAGUCAUGGGGGCCAGUGAGACGAUGUGUGCUCACUCCUCCCUGCUGGGCUGGACACGUGUUGAUUUGGGUUGGCUGCAGAGUCUGGACUGAACAUUUUCUGGAGCUGGAGUGUGUGCCUUAGAGAAGAAGCAGUGAUCCUUUCUUGGAGACAAUAUAUUGCUGCAACAAGUAUUUUUACCUCUAAGUGACACUCCUCCAAUGUACUCUUCUGGUUUUUUUCAGUUAAAUGUCCAGAGACUCUGAGCUUUCUAUCCGCAAUGCCAAAGGCAGGUGUCUGAUAUUCCAAACCAAGUGUAAAAUGAAAUAAAGAGUAAUAAAAUCCAACUAAUACAGUGGGAGAAAGGCAA